UGUCUGGCGCGCUGCGUGACGUAUUUUUGCGUGGAAAACAUGGCGGAACGAAGCUUCACAGUCGUCCAUAUGUUUUCUUUUUCUCGUGAAUUUCUCUUUAUGUUCAUUUGUCGUGGGAUAACAAUAUCACUAUAAGAUGUCUAAUAAAAUCAAAGAUGAGCUAGCUUCAUUCAGACAAAGUUGGCAGCAAGAGAUCCAACAGCAUACCAGGACAUCACCAUGUGAUACAAACAGUCAUGGAGCUACUUCUGGGUCACCCAGGCCAGGAAUAAACAGGGGCUCACUGACCAUAGAGGAAAAAGCAAGUAAGCUGUUCCAGAAAGGUGUAUACCUAGAAAGAAAUGGAAAACAUUAUGAUGCCAUCAGGUUCUACAGACAAGCUAUGCAGCUUGUUCCUGACAUUGAGUUUAAAGUAAACACAGCUGAUUCUCUGCAUGGGACUAGCGAUGAUGAAGAGGAUGAGGAAAAGACUUCAGAAUCUGAAGAUGAAAAUAAUUUUGCUGAGCUUGCCAGCAUGGCAGGAAAGUUUCAUCAGCUGUCUGUCUCCGGCCACCUCUGCUUGCCAGAGUUCCCUCCAAGGAUGACACACAUUUCUGUAAUCCCUGUGGAGCUGAUGGUGUACAUUCUCAAGUGGGUCAUAUCAUCUGAGCUUGACUUCAAAUCCUUGGAGCAAAUUGCUGCUGUGAGUCGAGGCUUUUAUGCCUGUGCUAGGGACCCUGAGCUGUGGAGGCUUGGUUGUCUAAGGGUGUGGGGACUUAACACAGGAUUGCCUGUAGUUUGGGAUGGUUCAUUUAGACUGAUGUACAUCCAUAGACCUCAUGUGCUGACACAAGGUGUAUAUAUCAGCAAAACGAUGUAUAUGCGUCAGGGGGAGCCAUCAGUGAAUGCCUUCUACCGCUCAAUGCAUGUGGUAGAAUAUUACCGAUAUAUCCGAUUCAAUCUGAAUGGUAGUGUUGUAUUCCUCACGACUAAUGAGGAGCCGAGUAGUGUAAUCCCUCAACUGAGUCAACCAAGUAACAUUUCUCUAUUGAAGGGACACUACAGAAUUCUGGGGGACAAGGUCGUGAUUGUAGUGGAAGUCCCACACACUGAACACCAAUGUCAUGGACGGUCGCGUAGGGGGAAGAAGGCUGCUCCCUUGCCCUACUUGGAAAAUGCUUUUCACAUUGAGUUCAGGAUUCAAUCAACCAAACGCAAGAAUCACGGGAUGUUGACGUGGACCACGUACCAGAUCGUCAAGAAAUAUAGGGAAUCCGGUCAAACAGUGCAGUCAGACUUCGAUCUGACACGGCAAUUCCCUCCGCUCUUCUUCUCGCCUGUCAGGAGCUUUGUUCAAAUUGCUGACGCACCAUUGAGAUGAAGGCAGUGAGAGGCUAUUUGUUCCCUACAAAAGAGGCAGUUGCAUGACGGGAAAGGACAGCACUAGUCUCCAGCUCCUCACGGUAGCGAGCUACUCUGAAAGGAGGCUCAUUUACACGGACAGGUUGCUCAAUCUCAAUUCAUAUAAUUUGUAUCAUUAUUAAUACUAUUAUUUUGGAGGACAUUAAUUUUAUUUCGCACCCAAAAGUUUUAAAUACUACAAUUUGAUAUCAUAUCUACCGUAUUUACACGCACAACUCACUAUCUGUUUCUGAAGAUACCCAAAUAUCUCAUUUUUCUCCAAGUUUAGAUAAAGCGUUUUUCUCAAGAGGUUAAUUCCCAAGACCAGUAAACAGGAAUAUUUUAAGCAUCGACAUGGGUACAACCUCGAGGUCAUUUAAGUCUUGAGAACAUUAUCGCGCAACAAACAGAUUAAAACAGAUUAAAAACUUUUCGGGGAAUAUAACCUCAGACGAACUGUAGUAGAAAAUAUUAGCAUUGAAUGUUACUAACACAAUGUUGUGCUUUUUAGUUUUUAUGCCAUGCUUUUCAAGGCGUCCAAACUAGAACUUAUGUUUGUAUUAUAUUGCCAACAUGCUUCGUGUUCCUCCAAAAAGUAAAAUUCUAAGAACGCGGUUUGAAUAUGCUUUAUCUGAGUAGGGUUGCAAUUCGCGGUAUUAAUCGGUUUUUGUUGAAAACGAAACUGACCGAAAAGUGAAAAUGUAAAUAAAAUUCUGCACUGAAUCAUUUAUUUCUCAAA